AUGUCCAAGCUUUUCUUCUGCUGCCUGAUCCUCGCUGGCGCUUUCAGUUCCCUGCGAUCGCUGCCCAUCAUUGUCCCCAGUAAGGGUUCCCUCCGCCUGGCAGAGUCGGCGAUGGAUUUUGGGGACCUGAAGGGCUGGGACGAUGAUACGCAUUUACUGCAGAAUCUACCGAUGUUUCUAGACAAGGAAGUAGAGAGAGAUCCUGACGAUAUUUUCAGCAAAGAAGGAUUCAGUCUGGACGCCUAUAACAUGGACGACAAAGAGGAAUUGUUCGACAAGCACCCCCGAAUAUCUCUGCUCAGCCGCCUGCAAUCAAAAGACCGCAAACAAUUCAAGAAGCGCACAGGAAAUCUGUCGGAAUGUUUCUGGAAAUACUGCGUCUGA